AUGGCUUCAAGAAUCACAACCCCGAAUCCGUCUCCAAUCAAUAACCGAUCACCGCAUUCUCGUCUCUCUCACCCUCCGGCCGCCGCCACAGCCUUGAUUUGCCCGGGGACUGCGGUCUCCACCAAAAAACCCCUCGUCGCGACUCCAACCGUCGCUUCGAAGCCCGUCCUCGCGAAAAAAUGGAGGGAUAUCCAGGGUGCUGACGACUGGGAAGAUCUUGUCGCGCCCUUAAACCCACUCCUCCGUCAAGAAAUCGUCCGCUAUGGCGAGUUCGUCAUCGCCUCCUAUGAGGCCUUUGACCUCGACCCAAGCUCGAAAAGAUACCUGAAUCGCAAGUACGGGAAAUCCACCAUGUUUCAAGAAACCGGAAUGGCAGACUGUGGAUACCGAAUCACGAAAUACGUCUACGCGACACCGGACAUCGACAUCCCAUCACAAUUGGGAACUUGUCGGAGUCAUUGGAUCGGGUACGUCGCCGUGUCAGACGACGACGAGGUUAAGAAACUCGGGAGGAGAGACAUCGUAGUAUCUUUCCGUGGUACGGUGACCCACACUGAGUGGAUUGCCAACUUCAUGAGCUCCCUAACGCCGGCCAGGCUCGACCCAAACGAGUCGAGACCCAACCUGAAGGUCGAGUCGGGGUUCUUGAGUCUCUACACAUCAGAUGACAGUAACUGUAAGUUCAGUCAUGGGAGUUGCAGAGAGCAAUUGCUCUCUGAAAUAUCAAGAUUGUUAAAUAAGUAUAAAGAUGAGGAGAUUAGUAUUACAUUGGCUGGUCAUAGUAUGGGGAGUUCUUUAGCUCUGUUGCUUGGUUAUGACCUAGCUGAGCUUGGACUGAACCGGGUCGGGUUGAAUCGAACAAUACCCGUCACCGUUUAUUCGUACGGUGGGCCUAGGGUUGGGAAUCUAGGGUUUAAGGAGAGGUGUGAGGAGCUUGGAGUUAAGGUUUUGAGAGUGGUGAAUGUUAAUGACCCUGUGACAAAACUGCCAGGGGUUUUCUUAAAUGAGAAGUUUAGGGUUUUGGCUGAGAGGUUUGAGCUCCCAUGGAGUUGUGCAUGUUAUGCACAUGUUGGGGUUGAGCUUGCAUUGGAUUUCUUCAAGAUGAAGAACCCCGCGUGUGUCCAUGACAUUGGGACUUAUGUUGGGUUGUUGAAGUGUCCUAAAAUGAAGAAAGUGAAGAAGGAUGGGGUUAAUUUGAUUAAUAAGGCAAGGGAAUUUGUGGGGCAGCAAAAUUUUGGUGCUUGGCCAUGGCAAGAUGCUGCGAUACAAGUUGGUAACUUGGUACAAACCCUAAGAAUUUGA